GAUUUUUGGUCUCCUCAGCAGCGGCUUUUCUUGCGGCGGCGGCGGCGGCGGCGGCUGCAGGAGGAGGGAAAGCAGCUCUGGCUAUGACUGCCGCAUGUUAAUAGCUCCCGCUUGGGUCCACCGGCUGCAGCGAGAGACACAGCCUGACUCCGAAGUUGUGCAACUGUGCCCUGAGAGAGACAUUUGAACCCUCCUUCUCUUUGCUCCGCUUUUGCCCCCCUGGGGCGUGUGAAGCGAGGAAACGUAAAGGAAGACUAGCAUUGGCUUUCCCGGCUUCCCCUUUCUCCAUGGCUGUGUAGAAGAAGAAAGGAAAAGAGACACUUUUUGUUGUUUCUUUGACUGGGGUCUCCACCCUCCUGUGGUCUCUGCGGUUUGAUCAGUCGUUGCUUGGUGUGACUGGGGUGUCUACAGUGGGACAGGUCCAUCUUUUUUCUGUUUUCUUUUUCUUUCUUUCUUCUUCUUUUUUUUUCUUCUUCUUUUUUUUUUUUUCUUUUUGUGUGUGUGUGCCCCGGGGCUCAAUGGAUGGAUUGUGGAAAACUGCACCGGGUUGCAGGUUGUUGAGCAACUGAUGGGACCAUCUCAGGGACCGGCGGUUACGAAAGAUGCUGAUUUAAAGAACUGCCCUGAAAACUGAAAUGAUUAAUUCAGAAAGGCAGAAGACAAAGCUAUGGAUUUUUAGCAGUCACAGAACAAAUUAAGGUGUCUGACUUGGGAUAUCAGUGUUUAUUUUUGAGGAAUUUUUCUUUCUUUUUAUGUUUGGUUUUUAAUCAUUGAUAUUGGAGUACUGAAGAGGAGCCAGAAGUCUAUUGAUUUGGUUUCACUUCAGACCAGCCAUUCCUCUGAGAACACAGUCAUGUGGCCACCACAGCUGCUCAUCCUCACGAUGCUUUUAGCACCUGUAGUUCAUGGUGGCAAGCACAAUGAGAGACAUCCAGCCCUCGCUGCUCCACUGCGACACGCUGAGCGCAGCCCAGGAGGCGCUCUCCCUCCCAGACAUCUCCUUCAGCAGCCGGCGGCAGAGCGCUCAACGGCUCAUCGAGGACAGGGGCCACGCGGAGCUGCCAGAGGAGUCCGUGGACCAGGUGCCCCAGGAGCACAGAUUGCAGCCCAAGCUUUCAGCCGCGCCCCAAUUCCCAUGGCAGUUGUCCGCAGAGAGCUCUCCUGUGAGAGCUACCCCAUUGAGCUCCGUUGUCCGGGCACAGACGUCAUCAUGAUCGAGAGCGCCAACUACGGGAGGACCGAUGACAAGAUCUGUGACUCGGACCCUGCUCAGAUGGAGAACAUUCGGUGUUAUCUGCCAGAUGCCUAUAAGAUUAUGUCUCAAAGAUGCAAUAACAGAACCCAGUGUGCAGUGGUGGCAGGUCCUGAUGUAUUUCCAGACCCAUGUCCGGGAACAUAUAAAUACCUUGAAGUGCAGUAUGAAUGUGUCCCUUAUAAAGUGGAACAAAAAGUUUUUCUUUGUCCUGGACUGCUAAAAGGAGUGUACCAGAGUGAACACUUGUUUGAAUCUGACCACCAAUCUGGGGCAUGGUGCAAAGACCCUCUACAGGCUUCUGACAAGAUUUACUAUAUGCCCUGGACUCCCUACAGGACUGACACCCUGACAGAGUAUUCGUCCAAAGAUGACUUCAUUGCUGGAAGGCCAACAACUACCUACAAGCUCCCUCACAGAGUGGAUGGCACUGGAUUUGUAGUAUACGAUGGUGCCCUCUUCUUCAACAAGGAGCGGACGAGGAACAUUGUAAAGUUUGAUUUGAGGACUAGGAUAAAGAGUGGAGAGGCAAUCAUAGCAAAUGCUAAUUACCAUGACACCUCCCCAUACCGAUGGGGUGGCAAGUCCGACAUAGACUUGGCAGUGGAUGAAAAUGGAUUAUGGGUAAUCUAUGCAACAGAACAGAACAAUGGCAAGAUUGUCAUUAGCCAGUUGAACCCUUACACCCUACGGAUUGAGGGGACAUGGGACACUGCCUAUGAUAAAAGGUCAGCUUCCAAUGCAUUCAUGAUUUGUGGGAUUCUGUAUGUGGUCAAAUCUGUAUAUGAGGAUGAUGACAACGAGGCCACCGGUAAUAAGAUUGACUACAUUUACAACACUGACCAAAGCAAGGAUAGCUUGGUGGAUGUACCCUUUCCUAACUCUUACCAGUACAUAGCAGCUGUGGAUUACAAUCCCAGGGACAAUCUGCUCUAUGUGUGGAAUAACUACCAUGUUGUGAAAUACUCUUUGGACUUCGGGCCUCUGGAUAGUAGAUCAGGGCCAAUACAUCAUGGACAAGUCUCCUACAUCUCUCCACCAAUUCACCUCGACUCUGAACUAGAAAGACCCCCUGUCAGAGGGAUUUCUACCACAGGAUCCCUGGGUAUGGGAAGCACGACCACCAGCACCACCCUCCGGACCACAACCUGGAACAUAGGGAGGAGUACCACCGCAUCCUUGCCGGGCAGAAGAAACCGCAGUACCAGCACGCCAUCCCCCGCCGUAGAGGUGCUGGAUGACGUCACCACACACCUGCCUUCGGCAGCCUCCCAAAUCCCAGCUAUGGAAGAGAGCUGCGAGGCUGUGGAAGCCCGAGAAAUCAUGUGGUUUAAGACCCGACAGGGGCAGGUAGCAAAGCAGCCGUGCCCAGCAGGAACCAUAGGUGUAUCAACUUACCUAUGUCUUGCUCCUGAUGGAAUAUGGGACCCCCAAGGACCAGAUCUCAGCAACUGCUCUUCUCCUUGGGUCAAUCACAUAACGCAGAAGCUGAAAUCUGGAGAAACAGCUGCCAAUAUUGCCAGAGAGCUAGCAGAACAGACGAGAAAUCAUUUGAACGCUGGGGACAUCACCUACUCAGUCCGUGCCAUGGACCAGCUGGUUGGCCUCUUGGACGUCCAGCUCAGGAAUUUGACACCAGGGGGAAAAGACAGCGCAGCCCGCAGCUUGAACAAGCUUCAGAAAAGAGAGCGCUCUUGCAGAGCCUAUGUCCAGGCGAUGGUGGAGACAGUUAACAACCUCCUUCAGCCACAAGCUUUGAAUGCAUGGAGAGACCUGACGACAAGUGAUCAACUGCGUGCGGCCACCAUGUUGCUUGACACUGUGGAGGAGAGUGCUUUCGUGUUAGCUGAUAACCUUUUGAAGACCGACAUUGUCAGGGAGAAUACAGACAAUAUUCAGUUAGAAGUUGCAAGGCUGAGCACGGAAGGAAACCUAGAAGAUCUAAAAUUCCCAGAGAACACGGGCCACGGAAGUACCAUCCAGCUCUCAGCAAACACACUGAAGCAAAAUGGCCGGAAUGGAGAGAUUAGAGUGGCCUUUGUCCUAUAUAAUAACCUGGGUCCUUAUUUGUCUACGGAGAAUGCCAGUAUGAAGUUGGGCACAGAAGCUAUGUCCACAAAUCACUCCGUUAUUGUCAAUUCCCCUGUUAUUACAGCAGCAAUAAAUAAGGAAUUCAGUAAUAAAGUGUAUUUGGCUGAUCCUGUGGUAUUUACUGUUAAACACAUCAAGCAGUCAGAAGAAAAUUUCAACCCUAACUGUUCAUUUUGGAGCUAUUCCAAGCGCACAAUGACAGGUUAUUGGUCAACACAAGGCUGUCGACUCCUGACAACCAACAAGACACAUACUACAUGCUCCUGUAACCACCUCACCAACUUUGCAGUAUUGAUGGCACAUGUGGAAGUUAAGCACAGUGAUGCAGUCCACGAUCUUCUUCUGGAUGUGAUCACGUGGGUUGGCAUCUUGCUGUCCCUUGUUUGUCUCCUGAUUUGCAUCUUCACAUUCUGCUUCUUCCGGGGACUCCAGAGUGACCGUAACACCAUUCACAAGAACCUCUGCAUCAGCCUGUUCGUGGCAGAACUGCUCUUCCUGAUUGGAAUCAACAGAACCGACCAACCAAUUGCCUGUGCAGUGUUCGCGGCUCUUUUGCAUUUCUUCUUCUUGGCGGCCUUCACCUGGAUGUUUCUAGAAGGGGUGCAGCUGUAUAUCAUGCUGGUGGAGGUCUUUGAGAGCGAGCAUUCCCGUAGGAAGUACUUUUAUCUGGUUGGCUAUGGGAUGCCCGCGCUCAUCGUGGCCGUUUCUGCGGCCGUGGACUACAGGAGCUACGGAACAGACAAAGUAUGUUGGCUUCGCCUUGACACCUACUUCAUUUGGAGUUUUAUAGGACCGGCAACCUUGAUAAUUAUGCUGAAUGUCAUCUUCCUUGGGAUUGCUUUAUACAAAAUGUUUCACCAUACUGCCAUACUGAAACCUGAAUCAGGCUGUCUCGACAAUAUCAACUAUGAGGAUAACAGACCCUUCAUCAAGUCAUGGGUUAUAGGUGCAAUAGCUCUGCUCUGCCUCUUAGGAUUGACCUGGGCCUUUGGACUCAUGUAUAUUAAUGAAAGCACAGUCAUCAUGGCGUAUCUCUUCACCAUUUUCAAUUCUCUACAGGGAAUGUUUAUAUUCAUUUUCCACUGUGUUCUACAGAAGAAGGUACGGAAAGAGUAUGGGAAAUGCCUUCGCACGCAUUGCUGUAGUGGGAAAAGCACGGAGAGUUCGAUUGGCUCAGGGAAAACAUCUGGUUCUCGAACUCCAGGACGGUACUCCACAGGCUCGCAGAGCCGGAUUCGGAGAAUGUGGAAUGACACUGUCCGAAAGCAGUCAGAGUCGUCCUUCAUCACCGGAGACAUAAACAGCUCAGCAUCGCUCAACAGAGGGAUGCCUUCCAGAAGCCCUCCCGAGGUGCACCGUGCAGACCCAUCCCGCAACAGGACACAGGACUUAUGGACCUGAGACUGACGCACCACACACAUUAUCCAUGGUACCUUGCAGCAAAAAUAUGCAUACGUGAUGGAGAAACCAUGAUUAAAAUAUUUGAAUGCAGAAAUGUGUACAUUGAAACGUUCCAAUUAAAGUUCAUUGUUGUAACUGGAGGAUUCAGUUCUUCCUUUAGGCAUUUCUUUUUUAAAUCAUCUUCUUAGUUCUCUGAGAAUUCUGUAAAAUGUGUUUUAAUCAUAUUCAUCUCUCACCCAUCUCCUCCCAACUCAUCUUCCUUUCCUACCCAUCCAACUUUGCACCCGCCUUUUGUUUUUCUAUCAAAUCUAAUUUGUGCUGCUCAUAUAUUCUAGGAUAUAUGGCCUUCUUCUGGAGUUUGGUGGACUUAUGAGGGUUGAUUCUUUUAAGGGAAACUAACUCUCACUCUCCCAGCAUCUCUCAAGUGCCAACAACUGCUCAGCUAAGGUUGGGACUUCUUGUCUACCUCCCCUCUCCAGACCUGGAUUGGAUUGGUUCUUCUUGAUGCUCAGGGAGAACACAGCACUCUCUGGUCAGUUCCAGCAUCAGUGACUCACAGGCAUAAGUAUAAAUUUUAAAAGUGUCUUAAACAAGAGGAUCAGAAUAACUAUUUGUUGUAUAUUAUAAAUACAUGAAUAUUAUUUGAAAAGGCAUAGAAGUAUGUUUGAGUAUACCGUUUCAUGUAUUACAAAAUGUAAGGGUGCAUUCCAACAUAUCUGAUGUCCCUUGAUCUCUAACUCCCUGGUUUUAUUAAAUAUACAUAUGUAUAUGUGUAUAUAUGUGUAUAUAUAUAUAUAUUUGUAACGAUGUAACAUCAGACAUGAAACAUUGAUCCAUAUAACAUAAGACACAGUUUACAAUAAUGGUGGCAUCAGUAAGAAUCUAAGUAAUAAGUUGAUCAUUCUUGACCAUUUUCCUCGUGAAAGAAAAAUUUAGUGGCCCCACAUCUCAUAGCAUAUAUAAAGAACAUUUUAAGGUUUCUAGACAGAAACUAUUUAUCAAAUACUACAUAUGGCAUUACUACUGACAAAUCACAUAGCAGCUACUUCUUCUGGUUUACUAAUGACGAAAACCAGUUUUGAUCAUGCUGAAAAAUAAUAUUUCCAUCCAUUUACCAAAAUUUACUAAAAUUGUUAACAGAAAGCACUAAGAAAUUUAUAAGGAAAAAUAUUGACAGAAAUAGUCUUUUAGAUGUUACAGUCAAAAGGCAACCUUAAAACAUGUUUAUCAUUUGUGAUUAGGGCAAUUUUGUACUUUUGAGAACUUAUUAUUGGGAUUUUUCUCUAUAAAUAAAUAUUAACUAUUUCACCCAACUUUUAUUGAUUAUUUUUAAGUAUUUUCUUUUCUUUGAGAAAGAAAUCUGCAUUAAAUAAAUUCUGGUUCCCUUAUAAAGCCUGGAUUUUCGUCUGGUUUUUACCGUUGGAAGGAUUAUUCACCGUCAUUUUGCUAUUAAAGGGGCAUAACGUGGGUCUCAUUUUGGAAGUCUUGUUGUGCCAUUUGACCAUUUAAAACUUGUCUUAAACAUUUUUUGUUAAUGUGCAGAUAAAAUGAAAAUUAAUGUUCUAGUAUUUAGUCGAGUAUGUAUGUGUGUUACAAAUAUUUUCUCUAAUUUUAUAACAUUUCACUUCAUUCAUUGUUAUGGUUUUGGGUUAUGUACAGAAUAAUGGGUUCCACAAAGUCAUUUUGUGUAUUUUUCUAUAUGAGACAAAACAGGUAAUUUUUGUCUUUUGUACCAGUAUCAUCUCCUUCCUCUUCCCUCAGACCCCUUCCUCCCUCUGCUCAGUACCCACUCUAUUUUCAGGCCCUGAGUUUGCAUGUCCUUCUGUGUUCUCACCCAGGGUCUCACCAGGUUCUUCAUCACUGUUCUUUGUCUCUCAUUUUGCAUCAGGGAUGACUUGUAUAUAGUGUGGAAAUUUUCACUUUAAUUUUUUUCUAUAAAAAAUAAAAGUUUAAACAAUUUUCUUUCAUAAUGUGAAAUAUUACAUGUCAUAUGUCCAUAUGAGUGGAUAUGCUUUUGGAUUUUCGGUUUAUCAGAUUAUCACGUUGCUCACCUUUACAACUGCUGUUUAUUAAAAUCCUAGAUGGUCUUUAUUUAUUAUGGCUUUAUAAUGACUAUCGUUGUUCAAGAAUUUCAUUUUUGCUUUGCUUUCUUUCUACUACUCUUUACAUUUGAAUAAAUGAUUAUAAAAUGCCUUUUCUGGAAUCCAGAGAAAACCUAUUGUAAAUUGGAAUUUAUGGCAGAUGUGAACAUAAUCAGGAGACAUUCUACUUCCAAAUACAUCCCUUGUAUUCCCAAGCAUGACUCCCAUAAUCCAAAUCAUCAUGUAAAGUUUAGCUCAUAGUUAUUAUUUCUUAAACUCAAUUUCAAAAUAUAUAUUUGCUCUUGGGAUUUAAUACUGGAAAUUUAUUCAAAGAGCAUAAUUGUUUAUGAUAAAGACAUUAAUAUACUUGAAGUUUGUAUUGCAGUUAUUAUGAAUACUUCUGGGAUAUGAUGUCUGAUAUUUUCCUGAUAUUAUAAUUUCUGUAAUAGCUUUACAACACCUGUGAUACUGAAGAUAUCUGUUUGGUCUAAUAUAUGGAUUCUGUUUAAGAAUUAAGGUACAUGGAUAUAUAAACUACUUAACUACAGAUUUCAUUAUUAGAUGUUUACAGGAAGUAUUCUUGGCUAGAGUUCAAAAGCUGGAGAUGUUUUCAUGGUGCAGCUUAUUUGUAAAUAUUGUGCUUAAUCAAGAUAAAGUUUUAAGUAGUUAAAAAUAAAAGUGAUGCCUUGA